UCGAAAAAGAAAAGGCCCCUCAGCUGAGGAAAAUGGCCGACGUUGAGAUGGACAUCACGUCCAGAAGAAUGAAUAAUGGCAACGAACACGUGAAGCAGGAUCUGGAAAGCCACGAAAGAAGUGCAAAUGAGGACAGCGGAGACAUGUCUGAAGAAGAAGAGGAGGAAGAGGAGGAGGCCGAAACCAAUGGCGAGAAGACAGAGGAGGGGUCCAAACAUCACGGCAGCAGCGGUAAACAUAAGAGGAAAAAACACAAGCAUCGUAGUAAGCACAAAAAACACAAACAUGCCUUUGAUGAGGACAAGGACCGCAAACGCAGACAUCGUCAUAAACACAGGAAACACAAACGCAAAGAGGGCUCCUCCCCCUCUGGUGCUGGCCUCUUUGGCUCCACGAGCCAUAAAAAAGUCGAAUCCUCUCCGUCCUCUGGAAAUCCAAGUCUGGAUGACAGGGCCUUGCUGGAGGAUUUGGAGAAACAGAGGGCCAUGAUCAAAGCUGAGCUGGACAGCCAGUUGAUGGAGGGGAAGGUUCAAUCCGGCAUGGGCUUGAUCCUUCAGGGUUAUAACUCUGGAUCGGAAGAGGAUGGAGAUGCUAGGGUAAGAAAUGGAGAACAGCGUCAAAGAGGCAGCUCAGGUAAACCCAUAUCUCCCAGAGGGGGAAAAAGUGGGAAAUCGAGACGGGACUCAACAGAGGGCAGUAAGUCCAGCUCCAAGCGUCGUAGUCGGAGUAAGUCUGCUGACAAGCCUGCUAAAGAGUCAAAGCAGGACAAGGUGACCAAAAGCACCAAGGACACGGGUGUUAAGGACAGAGGCCGUGGCAGGAGCAGGUCAAAGGACAGAAAGCGUUCAGACAGCACUGACAGGUCCAAGGAGAGAAGGAAGUCCAACUCUCCCUCGAGCUGGAGAGGAGAACAGAAAGGCGGCCGCACUGAUAAACGUUCCUCUCCUCAACGGGACGACAGACCAAACCAGGAAAGAGCAACCCGACGGUCCAGAUCACCUGGACGAGAGCGACCAAGUCGCUCAGACCCUGACAGAGACAAGCGGCCGGCCAAGUCUCCAUCCAAGGAUGCUUCAUCGGGCAAAGAGAACCGCUCCCCUCACAGACGAGGACCUCACAGUCCCCCUGCGAGGAAACGCAGCGCGUCCCCUCGCCACAGAGAUGCCCACCACCCCUCGGCCAGCGCCACAGACAGGGCAUCAAAACAGAGCCACUCUCCAUCCAGAACAAGGUCCCCCCCCAGGAGAGGCCGCAGUCGCUCACCAGAUGUCAGGAGGAGGGAUGUUGACAGGCAGGACUCACCACUGAGGAAGCGCCCACGGCCAGAUGCAGGGCCAGGCAGAGACAGAUCACGAGAGACCAGUCCCAGGGCAUCCUCUCGCCGUAGGAUGAGUCGCUCACCACUGAGACGGAGGUCCCCAUCACCACGAAGACGCUCCCGCUCUUCCCCUCGCAGACGGAGCAGGUCUCCACUAGGACACAGGUCCGGGGAGAGAGACAGGUAUGGCAGGCUCAGACAGUACCGGCGCUCAAUGUCCCGCGAUCGGGAGAGGAGAAGGCGACGCAGCAGAGAUGAAGACAAGUUCAAGGGUAGCCUUUCAGAGGGCAUGAAGGUCGACCAGGAGUCCUCAGAGGGAGAAGUGUUGGAAGACUUUGAUGGUGAGGAAAUAGAUGAAGAAGCUCUCAUUGAACAGCGCCGCCAGCAGCGCAUGGCCAUUGUCCAGAAAUACAAAGUUGUGAAUGAAGAUACCAACAUGGUGUCGGAGCCCAGCAGCCCCCAGAGCAGCACACGCAGCCGUUCACCCUCGCCUGAUGACAUCCUGGAGCGAGUAGCCGCAGACGUCAAGGAGUAUGAACGCGAGAACCUCAACACCUUCGAGGCCAGCAUCAAAGCCAAGCACAACCUCAUCGCCCAGGAGAAAGACGGAGCCAAUCCAAAGAAGCCUUCAGCCCCUGACAUGUUCACAGAGUCAGACGACAUGUUUGCUGCUGAUUUUGAUAGUGCCAGGAUGAGAGCAGCAGGCGUAGGAAAGGACUUCAAGGAGAACCCCAACCUCAGGGACAACUGGACUGAUGCUGAGGGUUACUACCGGGUGAACAUUGGGGAGACACUGGACAAACGCUAUGAUGUGUAUGGCUACACUGGCCAAGGUGUGUUCAGCAACGUGAUCAGGGCCAGGGACACUGCGAGGGCCGGCCAGGAGGUGGCAGUCAAGAUAAUCCGAAACAAUGAGCUCAUGCAGAAGACCGGUUUGAAGGAGUUAGAGUUCCUCAAGAAGCUGAACGACGCUGAUCCCGAUGAUAAGUUUCACUGCCUUCGCCUUUUUAGGCACUUCUACCACAAGCAGCAUCUGUGUCUGGUGUUCGAGCCUCUCAGUAUGAAUUUACGAGAGGUGCUGAAGAAAUACGGUAAAGAUGUUGGGCUCCAUAUCAAGGCCGUGCGCUCCUACAGCCAACAGCUCUUCUUGGCCCUCAAGCUGCUCAAACGGUGCAACAUCCUCCAUGCUGACAUCAAGCCAGACAACAUCCUGGUGAACGAGUCAAAGACCAUUUUGAAGCUGUGUGACUUUGGUUCGGCCUCCCACGUUGCUGACAACGACAUCACACCAUAUCUGGUCAGCAGGUUUUACAGAGCUCCAGAAAUCAUUAUAGGAAAGCCGUAUGACUAUGGGAUUGACAUGUGGUCUGUUGGCUGCACUUUAUACGAGCUUUACACUGGCAAAAUCCUGUUUCCCGGAUCUUCCAACAAUCACAUGAUCAAACUUGCGAUGGACCUCAAGGGCAAAAUGCCCAACAAGAUGAUCCGUAAAGGCUUGUUCAAAGACAAGCACUUCGAUCAGAAUUUGAACUUCCUGUACAUUGAAGUAGACAAAGUAACAGAAAGGGAGAAGGUGACGGUGAUGAGCACCAUCAACCCCACCAAAGACCUGCUGGCGGACAUGAUAGGAGGCCAGCGACUGCCUGAGGACCAGAGGAAGAAGGUAAUGCAGCUGAAGGACUUGCUGGAUGGCACCCUGAUGCUGGACCCAGCCAAGCGCAUCAGUAUCAACCAGGCUCUGCAGCACCCCUUUAUCCAGGAGAAGAUUUAACACUGAGCGCCACACACUCCCAGAGCAGAUGCAGAACCAACCACUAAACCAGCUCUGACAAGAACUCUGCAGCGAGGCAGCCAACCCACAGACUUCUAUUCAGAAUGUCACAGAUUUUUGUUCUUCCUCAACAUUAUUUUGUUUAUGGAUACAUAAUUGUGUUUUAUUGUAAAUAGAUCAUUGAAAUGGUAGCCAUUCUUGAAAACAUGAUCUUUGCGAUUUAUCAUUGUAAACUUCCCCUCAUACCUGGCAAUGCAGUUACGGACUUUUUUCUUUUUUUAAUUUAACUGGCAUUGGAGUGACAGAUGUUUAAAAGAAAAAUAUAAUUCCUGUAAAUACUGUAUGUCUAUUGCAUUAACAAUCUCAAGCAGCAGACAGUUCGAGUUUUGUCGUAGUUGCAGAUGUCUAAAUACAUCAGUCUUUUUAACCACAUUGCUCAUUGUGGGGCGAUGCAUGCUUUUUGAAUGUGCACCCUUUGUGCUCUAGAUUUCUGUGGUGCAGGCCUGUGUAAAUGCUCUGUAUGUGCAUCAGUGUCCCACAUGUGACAGCACCCCUCUCCCCCUAACUAAGUUUCCAGGCCUUGAGGUCUGUGCUGAAGGAAUAGAUGCAUAUUAUGUACUCCUUGAACAAGAUUUGUUUUUUAAUUUUCAAAGCAGGAAGUCAUUGUUUUCUGUUGCUGGACAUUUCCAUGUUUUUUACCUUCCUCUCCCUCCAGCACUCUGGCUAGGUCCUGGCUCUUAAGGCUCUCACACUCAAGUGCCUCCUGUAUGAGCCUAGUGUGUUAAAACACCAAAACAAUGCUGGCCUAUUGAUGCCACACCUGUACCCUCUUUCUCUCCCACUGUUGUAAAUAGUCCAUAGUUACUGUCAUUUCAUGUAUGAUUAAUUUGUUUUUUUCCAUUUAAGUGGUUAAAAAAAAAACAAUCUUGUGAUUUCAAUAAAGAAUAGUUGUGGAAACGCUGCUGAAAGAGCACCUUCAAUAUAAGAUGAUUUUUUUAGUAAUAAAAUGUUUCCUAUUGUA